GUACUCUUAUCUCUUUCUGCACCGAAAAACAGAGCUGGAAGAGCGCGCUUGGAAUGCAUAGGCAGGAAAGAAGAGUCUGUGGUCCUCAGUGGGAGUGGUGAGGCCCGACUUUAAUUCCAGCAUUUGAAAGGCAGGGCAUCUCUGUGAGUUCCAGGUCAGCCAAGGAUACAGAGUGAGACCCCGUCUUUUAAAAAGUAACAUUAAGACCCAGAACUGCAGUGACAUUGGUCCAUGAGUUUCCUCAUCCCCAGAGAAUUCCCAGACGUUCCCAGUGCCUCUGGAUGAGAUGAUGUGAUGAAGAAUAUCUUAGGUGUGUGACUUAUAAGAAAUGGAGGCUUUGGCAUUCUUGCCUGGAUUUCACCUAGGCAGCAUCUCCCGUGGCUUGCAGACACAUGCUAUGACAGUCGCAGCUGUGUCAUGAGGAACCAGUCUCUUAAUUCUCGGGACUCAAUUUUCCCAGUGAUUCAGUGAGAAGAGAGCAAUCAAGAUGACGGAGAAGGAUGCACAGCCACAGCUGGAAGAGGCGGACGACGACCUGGACAGCAAGCUCAAUUAUAAGCCACCCCCUCAGAAGUCCUUGAAGGAGCUGCAGGAGAUGGACAAGGAUGACGAGAGUCUAACCAAGUACAAGAAAACACUGCUGGGAGAUGUCCCUGUGGUAGCAGACCCAACAGUUCCCAACGUGACUGUUACCCGGCUUAGCCUUGUAUGUGACAGUGCACCAGGACCCAUCACCAUGGACCUUACUGGCGAUCUCGAGGCCCUCAAAAAGGAUACAUUUGUGCUAAAGGAAGGCAUUGAAUACAGGGUGAAAAUUAACUUCAAAGUGAAUAAGGAUAUUGUGUCUGGCCUGAAGUAUGUUCAACACACAUACCGGACUGGCAUGAGAGUGGAUAAAGCCACAUUCAUGGUUGGCAGCUAUGGGCCCCGACCAGAGGAGUACGAAUUCCUCACUCCAGUAGAGGAAGCUCCCAAGGGCAUGCUGGCCCGAGGCACUUACCACAACAAGUCCUUCUUCACGGAUGACGACAAACAGGACCACCUCACCUGGGAAUGGAACCUGGCCAUUAAGAAGGAUUGGACAGAAUGAGUGCGUCUGUCCGUCCCUCCUGUCACCUUCCUCACCCACCAGAAGAGUUCUCCCGACCAUGUUGAUCAUCACAAACUCCCUCCUCCCUCCCUGUUCCUAGCUAGGCCCUUUCUCUGUCACACACACACACACACACAUUUCAUCACCAAUAUGUUUUAUCUUACCCCAUCUCUCAGAGUGUUCCCUGCAAAUGAGACUUAAAACCCUGGCUUCUCCCACCUUGAGUCCUGAAGGUCAAGAAAUGGGCAAGCUCCGGCUGACGCCUCCUUGGCCUUCUGUUCAGAAGUUUAUUCUUGCCACUGGGUUCUUCCGGUUCGAUGAACCCCGUUGUCUUCUCUGCCAAGGGGAGCUCUCCUUUUGUGGGAGACACUGUAAACAACACCAAAGGAAAAGAAUAAAAUCGUUGUGUGUGUGACUGAGAACCUCAUUUGCUUUCCUUUGCCCUUAAAUAAAUAUGGUACCAGAAAGCCCA